UCUCGUUCAGACGACAGUUUUGCCUCUUGUUAUUUGCUUUUACAUUUUCCGACAGCGUGUUGUUAAUGUGACCUUUUCUUCUCUUUCUUUCCCCCUUUUUACUGAUGAACUGAUGCUUUGGAUUAUUUACAAAUGCCAAUGGAACUGUGGUUGGCAAAAGGUACCAGUAUUGCAGUAUUACAUCGACGGGCCUGCGUAAGACAAUGCCACUAAAGUCACGCUCUCAUUUAUAAAUAGCUGACCAGGUAAGUCAAUAAAAGAACUGAAUACAAAUGGAAAUUAAAUUCAAUAAACUGAUCAUUAAGAAAACACAGCUUCUAACAAUAACAGGCCUUUUUUGUAGCGUCCUAAAAUCUCUUUUAACACUUCGGUACAUUGUUUCAAGUUGCAUCAUGAUCGCUACAAAACACCUCAAUGAAGUUUGUUCUGACUGUACUGAAAAUAGAAGUUUUUUUUUUUUUUAACACAGAAAAAGUCAAUAGAAAACCCUUAUUUAUUAAUAUGCUAGUAUGUUUUUUUUAGUUACUAGUGAAACGUUGUGGAAGCUUCAAAUGAAAUGGAAAAAAAGUACCUGACAAUGCACCUUUUAUACAUAUCACAUGUCAAUUCCACGUCAUAUGACUCAUGCAUGGUGGGAAAUUACUAUGUCCAGUGACCGUCAUGAUUGACCUCAAAUCUUACCAUUAUAUGUACCUUUACAAUAAAAAGUUUUAUAUACAAAAAAAAAGAAAAAGAAAUCUUACGAUGUGCUUCGUAAUUAAUGAGACCAGGAAUCCCCAUCGGAGACGGCGUGAAAUAUUUUGAUAAAUAUCGCGCUGUGAUUGGCUGGCCGAGGGGUAUCAAACCUUUGAUACAAACCGAAAAAAAUGUUUCAACAGGUUCCAAUAAUGCACUCGUAAAGGGGGGGGGGGAGGGGGCAAACAUGCAUUUAAGUCAGUCAAAGUACUAAGCUUUUUAGAAACACAAAACAAAACACUAUACCAAGAGUUUUCAUCCAAAUAAUUAGCAAAUUAAGUUUAAACAACGACCCACCCCCCUCUCACCCUCCACGAAAUAAAGAGAGAGAGAGAGAGAGAGAGAGAGAGAAAGAAAAAAAAAAGUCGACAUUGGCACAGCAACACGGGAACAACGCAGCUCGUUUGGCAGUUGAAAGAAUCGCGUUGGUACAGUGUGGCGUGCGAGAUGGAGCGAGGAACCGGCGUCUCGGCUGCGGCAAAGCAAGCAUCGGAAAGCGAGAAUCGAGAGACGGAAUGCGAGAGUCAGCAACCCAGUGCUGAUAAACCGGCCAUCUUGCCACAGGUGGCGGGGACGGCGGCGGGGGCCCUGGCUCAGCUGGGCGUCGGCAUCAUCGGCGGAUUCUCGGGGGUGAUGCUGCCCCAGCUGACGGACGUCGAGUCACGUGAAUUUUCCUGGACGAGGAGCAGGUGGCGCUUUUCAGCAGCCUCGUGUACCUUGGCUCGGCCGUCGGGUGCCUGCUGUGGACGCUGCCGAUGGCGUGGAUGGGCCAGCGGUGGUCCAUGCUGGUCCACCUCCCCGUGUUCUUGGCGGCGUGGCUCACCCUCGCCUUCGCCCCCUCCGCGUGGCUCCUGCAGACGUCCCGCUUCCUCCUGGGCGUGAGCGGGGGCGUGAUCGAGGCCGCCUCCUACAGCUACGUGACGGAGCUGGCGCACAGCCGGGUGAGGGGGCAGCUGGUGGGCACGGCGGACACGGUGAGGCAGCUGGGCGUGCUGAUGGUGUAUUCCCUCGGCAGCAGCGGCCUCAGCUGGAGGGAGGCGGCGCUCAUCUGCGGCUGCGUGACGACGAUCCCGGUGGGCGUCGGCCUCCUGCUGCUGCCGAACUCGCCCCGCUGGCUGGCCACCCGAGGGCGCGUGGACGAGUGCAAGGAGAGCCUGGCGUUCUUCCGAGGCGCUCGGUACGACUGCAGUUCCGAGAUGGAGGCCGUCGUCAGCCAGACGAACGACGAGGACGGCCGACGGCGGCGGCAGGAUGCUGCAGCAGAUCCGACGCAUGAGGGAGCCGCAGACACUGAGGAUCUUCGGCCUCCUCGCGUUCCUGAUGUUCUCCGUUCAGUUCACGGGGAACAUCGUGGUCCUCUCUUACGUCGUCCCGAUCUUCAACGCGGCCAAAGUCAACAUCAGCUCCUACAUGAGCGCCAUAGUGAUCGCCGUCGUGAGAGUCGUGGCCACGGUCUUCUCUCUCUCCGUCGUCGACCGGCUGGGGCGGCGGCCGGCGCUGAUCACGGCCUUCCUGCUGUGCUCCGGAUCCCUCUUCCUCCUCGGCACAUUCUUCUUCCUGCAGAAGAGAGGCGUGAGCAUGGAAAAGGUCGGCUGGUUCCCCGUCCUGACGAUGAUGGUGUAUACCUUCGUGACGUGCGUGGGACACCCCGUCCUGAACCUCGUGCGCGGGGAGCUCCUGCCGACGGCGGUCCGAAACGCCGCCAACUCCUUACUCUUCUUCAUCUUCUUCUGCGGGAUGUUCCUAGCCUCUCACUCCUACCCUGCGACGGUAUCAGCCCUGGGGGAGGAGGGGGCCUUCUGGGUGUACGGCGGCGUGUGUCUCAUCAUCGUGGCCGCCGUGGCGCUCUUCAUCCCGGAGACUCGAGGCAAAGUCUUGGAGAACAUUGCCGGAACGCCAGACGAGACCAAGCUAUAGACGUCUCCAAAACCCGGCUUCGGAGGACCAGGUGAUGAGAAGAUAAAGAACAGGUCAUUUAUACUAUGAUAAGGGUGACAGAAAGAACAGAUCUUCUGUACUACGAUAAGAGUGAAUCAGAAAAAGAACAGGUCUUCUGUACUAUGACACGAGUGUCUGAGAGAAAGAAUGAAUCAUCUAUACUAUGAAAGGAGUCUGAGAGAAAGAGCAGACCUUCUGUACUACGAUAAGAGUGUCUGAGAGAAAAAGAGCAGAUCUGUACUAUGAUAAGAGUGAAUACGAGAAAUAACAGAUCUUCUGUACUAAAAUAAGAGUGUCUGAGAGAAAGAUGCAUAGCUAAUUAAUACUUUUUGAUAAUAACUAUUUACAGUCAUUCCAUGUUUCAUAAGACGGCGAACAUAGACACACUGCCCUAGCAUUUGUAUUGUUAUAAGAUAGGAGAUUUGUUUUUUUUUUGUUUGUUUUUGAGAUGCAAUAUUUUAUCCCAGUUAUAUAAGUUUGUGCAAUGCUCUUGUACCUAUGUUAUGCUCGUGACAGACAUCACGUGGGAACAAUAAAUACGUUUUCACCAUUUUAAGACUUUGCAAAUUAUCAUAAGGACGGUUUUAACACAAACCAGGGUUGCAGACAAUGCUAUACAUGUUUUGCUAGGAAUGAUACUUAAUACACUUAUCAUACAAAUGUAACUUACACAUGUAUAUUUUAUGAGAAUGAUAUAAACUAAUAGCAAUUUUCUUCUUAGAAUCAUUUUGUGAAUAUGUAAAUCAAAUGGCCAUAGAAAAAGAUAGAUUUUUUAUAG